AUAACUUGCGUAUUUAUGUCUUAUGCCGUAGUCAAGCUUGUUGAGCUGGUCAGUGUGUCUUUUUGACUCUAAACAUGCUCCUACCAUCAUACUCCACUAAUGUUUUAGUCAAAAGUAUGGCUUGGAGAAAUUUGUGACUUUGGAAAGGACUUAGUGACCAGCAUACUUUGAGAAAUGCAGGUCCACCUUUUUUAUGAGGAAGAGCAGAGAAUUGCCAAUAAGUCUAAACUGUGGCAGGGGUGAUUACCAUACUUAUCUCGGAUUUCCAAUUAGUGAGAUCAUGCUACUGAAGUCGGAGUACAGAAGGUUUGAUCCUUUGGUGGAGUAGAGGAAAAGACUACAUCUUUUUUCGGUUGGUUUAAUUUUAGGCGACUGAUUCUUACAAAUACAUGCUUAAUUAUCUUACCCACUUAUAUCAAGGCAUGUUCUUACUGCAUGAGGGGAGCUCACCGCUAGAUCGACAGAAUAUAAGGGCAAACCUUUUCUUGAAGGGAACAAUGAGGCCAACGUGAGGCUGUGUGGGCCGAAGUGGGCGAGACCCGUGUAAGAAGCCCGCUUGGCGUCAGGCCCACCUGUCAACGUCUUCCAUUUGGGAGUCGAUUGCCGCCAACCGCAACAAACGGACGGUUUCCCACCCUCCCGCCUCCCGGUUCGAAUCCAAGCCAUACAAGUUCGCGCGGUUCCAAAGCCAAAGCAGUUUGCCCACUCACUCCGCGAUCCCUUCCACUCCUCGCCCGCCGCCGGCAACCGCCGCCGUCAUGCCUCCUCCCCGCGCCGUCCUCCCCGCCCUCCUUCUCGCCGCGCUCCUCGCCUCCCCCGGCGUCGCGGGCGGCGCGGAGGUCCUCGCCAAGUCCCGGCUCGAGCUCUGCGAGCGCGACUCCGGCGCGGGGGGCCGCCUCUCCUGCGCCCAGAAGCUCGUCCUCAACGUCGCCAUCCCCUCCGGAUCCAGCGGCGGGGAGGCGUCGCUGGUGACCAAGGUGGUGGACGUGGUGAACGGCACGGAGCCGUCCCGGAGCCUGCGCGAUCCCCCGGUCAUCACCAUCAGCAAGAGCUCCGUGGCCGCGGUCUACAAACUCACCUACAUGCAUGAUGUUGCUUACAAACCUGAGGAACACUAUGUGGAGACGCGCAAAUGCGAACCGGACGCUGGUGCUAACGUUGUUGGAUACUGUGAAAGGUUAUGGAAUGCGGACGGUACUGUAACUCCGCACACAGAGCCUGUUUGCUGUCCCUGUGGGCCUAAUCAACGUGCACCAUCAUCUUGUGGAAACAUUUUUGACAAAAUAACCAAAGGAAAACGCAAUACAGCUCACUGUCUACGAUUUACAUCUGACUGGUUCCAUGUUUGGGGAGUCGGAGAUAGGUCACGUGCGUUCAGCAUCAGAGUUCAAGUGAAGAAAGGAUCUUCUGUAUCGGAGGUUGUUGUUGGACCAGAAAAUAAAACUGUCGUUUCUAGUGAUAACUUUCUCAAAGUAAAUCUUGUUGGUGAGUAUGGUAAUUAUAAUAGUAUGCCAACAUUUGAGGGCAUGAAUCUUGUGACUCCACGGAAGGGUGCUGGAAGUGGUCAGCCGCAAGACCUUGGUGAUGAACAUUCCAAGUGGAUGCUGCUGGAGAAAGUUCGUUUUGGUCCGGGAUGCAACAAGAUAGGUGUUGGUUAUGAGGCUUUCCAAUACCAGUCUAGUUUCUGUUCAUCAUCACUUUCAAGCUGCUUGAACGAUCAGCUUUGGAACUUUUGGGAGAGUGACAAAAGUCGGAUAGACAUGAAUCUAGUGCCCGAACAUAUUGUGGAGGGAAGGUUUCAAAGGAUCAAUCAGCAUCAAAAUGCAGGUGCUCAUACUUUUUCGGUGGGAGUCACAGAAGCCAUUGCUUCUAAUUUACUGCUAGAGCUGAGUGCUGAUGAUAUACAAUACUUCUAUCAGAGGAGUCCAGGCAAGAUAAUGGACAUUAGAGUGUCAACAUUUGAAGCCUUGAGUCAAGUUGGUGUUGCAAAGAUCAAUACUAAGAAUAUUGGCGAACUAGAGGCUUCUUAUAGAUUGACAUUCAACUGUGUACCUGGCAUUGGUAACUUGGAGGAGCAGUACUAUGUCAUGAAACCUGGUGAAGUGGUUAUCCGAUCAUUUGACUUGCGUUCAUCAACAGAGCAAGGAGAAAAAUAUCGAUGUGAAGCUAUUCUGAAGGCGUCAGAUUUUGCUGAAGUUGACAGAGUAGAAUGUCAAUUCACUACUACACCUACAAUUUUCAAUAAUGGAUCACAGAUUGGUCAGACGGAUGAGCCCAAGAAGGCCAGCAUGGGUUUCUUCGACACCAUCAAAGCUUUUUGGCGCAACCUCUGGGAUUUCGUGACCAAUUUCAUCACCGGCAAAUCCUGCAGUUGGAACAAAUGCUCGAGCCUCUUCGACAUCAGUUGCCAUUUCCAGUACAUAUGCAUCGGCUGGAUCGUCAUGAUCUUCCUGGUGCUCGCUUCGAUACCCAUAGGCGCAAUGGUCCUGGGGCUUCUGCAUCAGAAAGGCUUCUUCGACCCGGUGUACGACCUGUUUGGGGCGGACACGUACGAGUACGAGCGCGCGCGCCCGAGGCACAGGAAAGGCGGCCAUCACCACCACCACCACCACCACCAUCACCAGCGGCACUCGCACCACCAUUGCGACCACCACCAUUCCCACAGGCACCACCACGCGCACCAGUGGAGCGGGAAUGAGCCCAGCCACCACCACGUCCUGCACAGGCGCGGCGGCGAGCAGUGGGAGGUGACGGCGGCAGAAGCCCACCGGCAGCACUGGCACGACCCGGCCCUCGGCGUGCAGCACUGGGCCGGCGGUGCUGGGCACAAGCACCGGCACGGCAAGGCGGCGGCCGCGGCGGCGCUGCAUCUGGAGGACCCCGUGGAGUUCAGGGAGUGGAGGCAGGACGAGGCCAGGUACGCCCAGCACGGGCUGCACGGCCGCGACCGCCGGCGCUGAUCCUUUGACUGGGCAGGCUUUGCGCCUUCGUGCUUGCACUAGAUAUGGACGGAUACGAAAUUUAACCACGCCCACUCUUUGAAGUAUCAAUUGUUCGUGCAAAAAGCAAUGGUAAUAAACAGGACACAACUCCAAUCGGGCUAUUCAAACUGUUCGAUGUAUAUACACCUUUUAUAAUUACU